GCAACCCCAGCGCGAGCGGGCUGGUCAGCAGCGCACGUGCCAGGCUCUGGGGUCCUUCUUCCUGCGCACAAGUCCUUUCUUCGUCCGGUCCUGAAACCCACUCCAUCUUCGGCUCUCUUGGCUGGAACUCAGCCCCCACCCCAAGCUCUGAACCUCGUCCUCUGCAAAACCGAAAUGGCCACAUCCAUGAAUUUCUCGCAUGGUUUGAAAGCGGAGCUGGUCCAACCUUAUAACUUCGAGAUGUCUCAGAACUUACGGCCCUUUUUGGAGGAGUACUGGGUCAGCUCUUUCCUCAUAGUUGUCGUCUAUCUGUUGCUCAUCAUUGUGGGCCAGAGCUACAUGAGAACACGGAAGGGCUUCAGCUUGCAGGGGCCUCUCGUGCUCUGGUCCUUCUGUCUAGCCAUGUUCAGUAUCCUGGGUACAGUGAGGAUUUGGAAGUAUAUGGGAACACUGCUAUUUACACGGGGCCUCAAGCAAACUGUGUGCUUUUCCGCCUACACUGAUGAUACCAUAGUCAAAUUCUGGUCCUGUCUCUUUGUUCUCAGCAAGAUUGUUGAACUCGGAGACACGGCCUUCAUCAUCCUGCGAAAGCGCCCACUCAUCUUAGUGCACUGGUACCACCACAGCACAGUGCUGCUAUUCACAAGCUUUGGAUUCAAGAACAGAGUGCCUUCGGGCGGCUGGUUCAUGACCAUGAACCUGGGUGUACAUUCCAUCAUGUACACCUACUACACUCUGAAAGCUGCCAAAGUGAAACACCCCAGCAUGCUCCCCAUGGUCAUCACCAGCUUGCAGAUCCUGCAGAUGGUCAUGGGAACCAUCUUUGGCAUCCUGAAUUACAUCUGGAGGCAGGAAAAAGGGUGCCACAUGACAAUGGAACACUUUUUCUGGUCCUUCGUGUUGUACGGGACCUAUUUCAUCCUGUUUGCUCACUUCUUCCAGCAAGCCUACCUCAGGCCCAAGGGCAAAGCCAGGCCCAAGAGCCAAUAGGGCUGGAAAGAAAGAUGCAGCCUCAGACUCUCCUCCAUGGCACUAAGGGUUAGGUGUGGGAGAAUGACUAGGGUGCCCUCCCUGUAUGACUUUCCCCAUGGGACAUGUACCCCCAAAGUGGCAGGGAGCUAUGACCACCAAGAGAUGUCACCCUUGGAAUAGGGUGUGCUUUGAACUUUCCACCUUUAGUGUCAAGGCCAACCAAACCCUAGGAAGGGAUAGGACUGAGGCCCUUCAAACUGAGUUAUUUAUAUUUAUAUUUAGGACUCUUUCUUUUCUUGCUCUGUUUUUUUAAAUUAAAGAGGUCAACAUCA